GUCGGAGCCGCCGAGCAUGGACAUGGCCGUCGGCGUGGACGAUUCAAGAGCCGCGACACGCAGCCGGUACCACCAGACGUCUACGGUCGACUGGCGUCGGGUGGGGAAGACAUGCUGCCGAGCGCGGCUGGCGAUGCUGAUUGGCCGAUUGGCGGCAUCUUCGGUCUGAUGGCCUCGAUGGCGGCCGGGCUGGGGCAAGCGGAGGCGGAGUGGGCGGCCGGCCGUCGGGGUACCGGACGGGCGAGAGACUCUCAGACGUGUGAAUGGCAUCGCAAAGAUGAGCAGAAGAAAGAAGAGGAAAAGGAGGAGGAGCAAGAGGAAGAGGAUGCGGAGGGGGAGGAGGAAGAAGAGGAAGAGGAAGAGGGAGAUGACGAAAUGGAGGAAGAGGAGGAGGGCGGUAAAGAUGGCGAACAGAAACAAGACGAGAAGAAGGAAGAGAGAAAGAUGAUGAAGAGAAAGAAAAUGAAAAAAAAUAAAAACAAACAAACAAAUGAUCUGUCCCGCGCUCUGUUCGACCACCAAUUGGAUCCAGCCACGAUGGAACACGCAGUUGCCGAGGCAAUCUUCCGGCAGACGAGCAUGUCCAGUCUGGAGGCCUACGCGAACCAAAUGGCACUCGAUCACGACCUUUCGCUGCCCAACCUCGCCGACCACCUCAGCCCCACUGCCGCCCUCCACUCCGGGCCGGUCAGCUCAUUGACGUCAACGUCGACCUCAACGUCGACGUCGACGUCGACGUCAACGUCAACGGAAGUGGUAUCGUGGAGCCGUGAAUGCGGCGAAUUAGACCUUCGGCAUGCGGCGGUAACGAGAAGUCGAGGAAACGACUAUCCUGUCGAGAAUGGGACGAUCGAGUCGGUCUGGAGAGGGGUGGAGGGUAACCAACCUGCCCGGCAGGAGGAGGAGAACGUGUACGCUUGCAUGCUGAGGCUGGUGGAGAAGAUGGCGCAGACAAGUGAGUCCUCUCAUAUUGCACUACUCACAUACUACUCAUAA